GCCAUUGCGGGCCGCCCUUCGCAGCCGGCGGGGGAGGCGGCGGCGGCGGCGCUGCCCGGCAUCGCCCCGGGCUCGUCCGUCCUCCCCCCCCCCUUCUUCUCGCCGCACCCCGCUUUCCCCUCAAAGUUUGGGGCGGCCUGGGAGGGCGGGCGGCGCCUUUGGGGGCCGGAGCCAACUUGUCCCGGCUGCCUUUAUUUGCAGUUGGAGCCGAAAUCUGCCAGGCUGCGUUUAUUUUGCUGAUUAAAGAGACGGACCUUGGUCUCGGCUGCUGCUCCCCGCUGCGCGGCCGCCCUGCUCGCUCCUCUCAUCCCCUUUCUCCUUCCCUUUCUUCCUCCUGGCCGCACCAUGGAGUUUACCGAGAGGAAGAGAAGCAGGAAAUCCCAAAGCUUUAAACUGAUAAAUCAAGAUUACCAUCAUGAGAUAUAUAAGAUCUCUGACUACAGCAAUGAUGUUAAUGGGGAGACCAAAGAAACACAACCCGUUUUUUUAGGAGAUGAAAGCCGGGAAAUUAAAAAACAAAUUACAGGGAUGAGAAGAUUACUGAAUGACAGCACUGGAAGAAUCUAUCAGCGAGUUGGCAAAGAAGGAGAAAAACUGAAGGAGGAGCCCCAGGAUUUAGACUUAGCCUGGGCCCAGCGCCUGAAUCCCCCUGCAGAGUCCCAAGCGAGCCUUCAUCCUUCGCAGAGCGGUGCGUGGAAUGAAUUGUCACCCCAAGCCAGCCAUUUUUCAGGGCAAUACGGAACUCGAUCCAAAACGUUCCAAAAUCAAACGCGAGCCGUGACAUCCAAUGGAGAAAUCCCAAUGGUGAAUUCAUCAAUUGGACCAAACUGCUGUACGUGCAAUUGCCAGUCAACUCUACAGGCUAUUCUUCAAGAGCUCAAGACCAUGAGGAAAUUGAUGCAGAUUCAAGCAGUUGGAACUCAAAACAGACAGCAGCCUCCUGUUCCUCUGAUUUGUGCGCAAAAGUCGACAAUAUCAAGAAAGAGAAAUAAAAAGAAAAAACUACCCCUCAAAACUGUUGAACCAAUUACCAUGAAUAAGAAAACCAGCACUGCAGAGAAUGAAAAGAAGCUGUCAGCAAACUCUGAAAGAUCAAAUCUGCAAGCAGUUGAACCCCCCCUAAGUUCAGAAACCACUGUUUCAGGAUUUGGAAUUAUCCUUGAAUCAACUUCAUCAGAUCCAGAAGUGCAACUUGCAGAAGGCUUUGAUGUCUUCAUGCCGAAAUCUCAGCUGGACUCUAUAUUGUCAAACUAUACUCGCUCAGGAAGUCUGCUCUUUAGGAAGCUGGUCUGUGCAUUUUUUGAUGACAAGACUUUGGCUAACUCUUUACCAAAUGGCAAAAGGAAAAGAGGGCUCAAUGACAACCGAAAAGGACUAGACCAAAAUAUUGUGGGUGCAAUAAAAGUCUUCACAGAAAAAUACUGCACUGCUAACCAUGUGGAUAAACUUCCUGGUCCUAGGGACUGGGUCCAGAUCCUUCAGGAUCAAAUUAAACUGGCAAGAAGACGAUUAAAAAGAGGCUCAGCAGAGGCAACUGACUGUGAUGAGAAGCCGGACAUUUCGUUACUACAAACAGGUAACCUUUUCGACACCACAACGGAUAAUCUGAUCGAUGCACACCCAGAUUUUUCUGUUUAACCUUCACGCCGGUGAUGGUAGCGGUUAUAAAACAUCCUCUCCGUUGAGUAAUGUUCCUGCAAGAUCGGUGCGAGAACUUCAGCCUCCUGCGGGACGUGGACGUCCGUACAGCUUUCCCUUCGAGUUUGUGUUGUUCCACGCGUUUUCCAUGUACCCUCAAGUAACGAAACCACCAGGUUGUUUCACCGGUUCUCAUCUUAAUUAGAGAUGAUUUCUCUCCAUAUCUAAUAAGGUAUUUAAUUAGGAUGGUAGCCACUCUACCUGAAGACGUUCUCUUGCCUUUGUUUUUUCCUUGGCCAUUGUACUUUCCCACAUGAUUGUGUGCUUGUGUUUCAUCUUAAGCUAUGCAGAGGUGGGUGAACACAGCUGGAUGACUCUUCCCCUCCGUGGGGACCGUGGUGGCAUCUCUCCUUCCCGAACCCAGGGGGCUCGAUGAGCGCUUGACUGGUAGAAGUGUCCUGCUCUUGUGCUUCUGCAGACCCACUUUUCCUUUCCUGGCUGCUGUUUCUCUGUUUAGAGACCCGUAGUGCAAAUGGCCAGGCAUACACAGCCGUAAUUAAAAAGUCCUGCCUGGAUCUAGCAGGAAAAAGAGCAGGAUACGUAGCCCAUUUCUGCAUGCGUAGCAGGGAGAAGCUGUUCCUCGAGCAAGCUGGAGUUGCCCUCCGUGGUCCCAGCGUGAUGGCUCUCGAGCAGUUUUGUAGUGCUGAUUGCUGGAGGGAGGCAUGCUCUCCUUGCUUUCCCUACCACCUCAAUCUCAAAACGGAUUAGUUUGCUGAUUUCCAGGAUGAGGGUCUGCACACUGUGAUUUCGCAACCACUGCCCUUGGGGACAAUAUUUUUUUUUUUUUUUUAAAAAAGUCACCUUUUGACCGGCACUCUAUUGAUGUCUCAGCAGUUAGGAUGAGUGAAUUGAUCAAGAAAUUCACCCUCUUAGACACAGAAAGCGUCGGUCCUUUCAGGUCAGGGCUAAGGGAAAAUCUUACGCGGCCCUCCUCCGUGCAAACUGCCACUUCUGCACCUUUCAACAGCACUAAAUUCACUUUAAGAAACGUAGGGGAAAAGUCUAGAAGGUCUUACCUGCAACAUCUAUCGAUCAGCAGAGAGUUUGAGUGGGCUUCCUGCGAUUCGAGGGAGAGAUUGCUAUAGCCUUCACCAUUGUGUUUCAUUUUCCUUUGUGUAUUUUAGGUGCAUCUUUUUUUUUUUUUUUUCCCCCCCUUUGAAACUAUUUGGCCUUUGAGUGUUUCAACUGAAGUGCUAUUACCGAGUGGGAUGUUUCUUUUUUCAAACUAUUUAAAGAUUUCUUUCAUUUUUAAAACCCCUGAAGCCUGUUUCUCGGAAGCUGUCAAAUCCCCACAGAUGUGGUGUGUUUUCCCAGCACCUGAGAAAUCAGGCUGCCAGCCUUCCCCACCCACAAACGAUGUACUUUUAGGAAUGACCGUGUCUUCUCGAAAACUGUGGAAUAUAUUGAAUGUGCACUGCGAACCUUAAAAAAAAAAGUCUUUCCUUCCUUCAUGGCUUGGAGUUGUCUGCAUAGGGCGGGGGCAGCGAUGCCCCCACGCCGUGUGUCCGUAUCGUAACACUUCAGCAAUGAAAUCAGCGUUUUGUAAAUUUUGAAGAUUGCGUUGGUGUUUACUUACUGUGACUACUGUUCAGACUUUCUUCAGAAAUCUUUUUAUAGGGUUUAUUAGAAAAAAAAAAGAAAAAAAGAAAAUCAUUCCAUAUUUAGGUAAAAAUGUCUCAAUCUUCUGUAUAUAUGUUUUAUUAAUAUGUAAAUAUUUAGAUAUUUUUAAAUUCCUAUGUUCUUAAUAAAGCGACAAGGGACUAGUUGUGAUAUGGUGUAUAACAUUGUGUCGUGUUAUCGAUCUCUGGGAAACCCUCUUUGUCAGUCCAGAAAAGAAAACCUACAAUAAAUAACUUUAAUUG